CUAUAUCUACACAGGUAAAUUUAUAAAACUGUUAACAUUUUAAUAAUCAAUUAAUUUGGCAUUAUAAACAUUGUCAUGAAAGAGUAAAUGUAAAUAAUAUCCUGUUAAUAUUAUAGGUAACAGUGUUGUAUAGUUAUGAGUAAUUCAGAUGAAGAUUCAUCAACAAAACAAGUGUUAGAAUAUUACAAAAAAUACUCCCAAAACCCCCAUCUUCAAAAGUAUUUCUCUGGAACUUCAACCACCAUCACAUAUGCACCAAUUUCUGAUGAAGAAACUCCAGCAUUAGCCAUCAAUAUUCCUAAAAUAAUUAUUACCGAAAGCAGUACCACAGACAUUUAUAGCGCUAAGAAAUUGCAAUCACUAGAGGGACCAAGUACUGCGAAAGGCUCAAGCCGAUCCGUACAUAGUAGCAGUGAUGCAAUUGACAUAAAAGAGUCUCAGGAUUUUGUUAAAGCUAGUACUUUGCAAAGAAGUAACUCACUACCUUCAAAAUUAUGCUCUAAAGAAGUCCAUUUUGACUUAUCGCCUUCAGAAAAUGUCAAAAUAUUACUUUUCGGAUCAACAAGCAGUUCAGAUGAGUCGAUAGAGCAUGCACAGAUAGAGAAACCUUCUAGUGAGAGUUCUAGUAGUGCUAAAACAAAAUCUUCUCCAAUUCCUAGUACAAGUUCAUCUGAGGAAGAAAAUAAAAUUAUAAAUUUUGGAGUUAGUUUGUCAAGUUUGAAGAAAAAAAUUGGGUUACCUGUUGCAUUUUCCACACCAGUACUUCCAGAACCUGUUCAUGGUGAAAACAUAUAUACUACACCAAAAACAAGCUCUAGAGAAUACAUAAAGAGUCACCAAACUACAGUUCUUAGUGCAGUAGAUGAGGAAAAAAUAUCUAAUGUUUGUUGUAAUACUGAUUCAAAUCAGGGGAACAUAGACCAGGAGAGAACUAAGAAAUCUUCAUCAGGUGACGUAAAAAUUGAAGACACUAAAAUAUCUGAUGUUUCCAAAGGUGCUAUAAAGAAACAGAAAAAAGAACCAAUUAAAAAAACUGAUAAAGAAAGUACCCAGGAAGAAACUAGUGUAAAAAGAACUAAUCAAAAAGUAGUUCAGCUUACUAUGUCGACUCCACUCACUCUUGACUGUCUAUAUGAAAAAAAUGCAGAAGAAAUAGCUAUACAAACAGAAAAAUUAGAUUCAGACAGCGAGACCAGUGAACCGGAAGGUUCAAGUUGUGAUAGUUUUGAGUAUAUCAGUAGUAAUCUUGUUUCUUUACAGUCUUCCCAAGCCCAAUGUAACGUUCACAAAAAAGACUCUAGCUUAGGGAAAUCUUCAGGCUGUUCUGUAAAAGAAAUGUCAUCAGGAUCUUCUAAAUCUCAAACAAGUGAUAGUAGAGAGGACAUGGAUAAAGUGGUUGAUCUUUUACAAGUAUUUUUGUCUUCUAAAAGGGACAAAGUUACUAAAAACAAGGACUAUAUAAAGAAGGUUAUUAAAAAGAUUAUGUUCUCUAGUGAGUCUAGCCAGGAAAGAUCUUCAAGUCCAUCAAACAGUAAUAAUGAAGCAAGUCUUCCAAGAGAUUCUGUACAAGAAAAAUCAACUAAAACUAACACUGAUUCUACUGAGCCUGAAAGUAUAGUUAAAAAAAAAUCUAAAUCAAAGUCCAAUGGAGAUUAUUUACUACAGUUCGCUGAAAAUGAAAGGUUAUAUCAGAUAGCAUGGAUUGAUAAUGAAAUUUCACAUUUAUCCAAGCUUAAAAGAUUUCUUGAAGCUAAAAACAACAGCGGAAGUGAGAAAGAAACCAAGAAGAAAUCUUCAAAAUACAAAAUAUUAGGAAAAGAUGAAAAAACUAACAAAGAAUUAGAGAGAGAAUAUAUUAUUGAGACUGAUCAAGGGAUUCCCCCAGGUGCAAACGUUAAAUAUUUUAUUGAUGGUCAAAAAUUCACUGUAGCGCAUUGUGACGACUCUAGUAAAGUAUCUAAAAGUUCUGUAAUAGCUGAUAUCGCGGUAGAUUCAAAAACAAGCUGUACUAACAUAAAAGUAAGCACUAUUUGUAAUGUUUGUAAGCAUAUUAUCUGUAUAUGCAAGCCUGAAUCUUUAGGAGAACCAAAAAACAUAGGUUCUUUAAAGAAACCUGAAUCUUAUAGAACCAAACCUGAGAGUGAAUAUAGAGAAAAGAAGGAGUCUGAAUUUUUACCUGAAGAUUUUGAUGAAAAAAAAUCAAACUCUUUAGAGAAAGCAUUUCAGAAUUGUAACUGUACCCAUGCUACCAAUUCAAAAUGUACCUGCCCAUUUGUUGAAAAGCUCGCCAAACAUUUUUCACAAUCCAAAGAAAUGUUUUAUACUCCUAGACCUUCAAGUAAUGUAGGUAUGCAAGUAAAAGAAAGCGUUCCUGUUAAAAUAUGUAAGGAAGUACAAAGUAAAGUUGAUUCUUUGGACAAACAAGUCCAAUAUUUGAAGAGUUUGAUACAAAUAAAUGAAGAUAAUGGAAAAUCUGUAGAUAAAAUGACCAAUGAAGAACAUAAGAAUGGUGUAGGGGACGUAAAUAAAUGUGUUUCUAAAAAAAGUAGUUUAAAGAACCAAAAAAAUGGCGAUAAAAAGAUUCAAACAAACAGAUGCAAAUGUACUUCAAAAAGUGUUCAAAUUGAUUAUGAAAGUUUAAAAAGAUUGAGAAGUGAUUCAAUUGAUAAGAAAAUUCAGACUGAAGAGGAACUUGUCAGAGGCUUUGGCGUUAAUAGUACAGGGACAUUUAGAAGUUCUUCAAAAAGUGUCCAAAUUGGUAUAAAUGAUCCAUCUAAUACAAACAUUAAAACUGAAAAACAAACUUCUAAAGAUACUGGUGGACCUACUAUGUUUAGUGAUAAAAUGGUUAAUAGUGGUACAGAGAUGCUCCAAAAUAGAUACCAAAGUGCAUCAAAAAAUGUUCAAAUAGAUAAAAAAAGUUUAUUAGAGAGAUUCAGAACUAAUGUUGAAAGCAAUACAGAAAGGUUUCUUAGUAAAACUAGUAAUUCAAAUGGUCAAUUGCUUUUCAAUAAUGCUCAAAAAGAAUUUGAUUCAAAAGCUUUGAACUAUGAAGAUGGAAAAGAUCCUUCCAAAGGUGAAAAAAAUGGUGCAAGAAGUCUUCAGUUUGAGGAGAAAAUAGAAGCAAUAGCUGAUACAGUUAGUAGAUCCAUUGAUAAUAUUAAACAAGCACAGAACAAAACAGAUAGUAAAUCAAAAUUUGUUCAAAUUGAUAAUGAAAUAUUGAAGAGAUUGGGACGUGAUUCAAGUGAUAAUGAGAUUCAGACUGAGUCACUUGUCAGAGAUUUUGGUGUUAAUAGUACAAGGACAAUUAAAGGUUCUUCAAAAAGUGUUCAAAUUGGUAUAAAUAAUUCAGUUGAUGAUACAAUGGUUAAUAGUGGUACAGAGAUGCUUCAAUGUGCCUCAAAAAAUGUUCAAAUAGAUGAAGAAAGUUUAUUAGAGAGAUUCAGAAAGAAUGCUGAAAGCAAUUCAGAAAGAUUUCCUAGUAAAUCUAGUUCAAAUGGUAAAUUGCUCUUUAAUAAUGCUAAAAAGGAAUUUGAUUCAAAAGCUUUGAACUAUGAAGAUGUGAAGGGCCCUUUUAAAGGUGAAAAAAAUGGCUCGCCAAGUCUGAAAUUUGAUGAGAAAAUAGAAGCAAUAGCUGAUUCAGUAAGCAGAUCCAUUGAUAAUAUUAAACAAGCCCAAAAAAGAACAGAUAGUACUUCUAAAGGUGAUAAAAUUAUUCAAACAGACAGAUGCCAUAUAUGUUGCUCAAAAUUUGUUCAAAUAGAUAAUGAUCUUUUGAAGAGAUCAGGAAAUUAUUCAAUUGAUAGGAAGAUUCAGACUGAGGAGGCUCUUGUCAGGGAAUUUGGUGUUAAUAGUACAGGGACACUUAAAAGUUCUUCAAAGAGUACUCAAAUUGGUAUGAAUGGUUCAGUUGAUCAUAAAAUUGAAACUGAAAAACAAACUUGUAAAGAUGUUGGUGUACCUACUAUGUUCAGUGAUAAAAUGGUUAAUAGUGGUACACAGAUGUACCAAAGUAGAUGCCAAUGUUGCUCAAAAUGUGUUCAAAUAGAUCAUGAAGGUUUGAGGGGAUUAAGAAGUGAUUCAAUUGAUAGAAAGAUUCAAACUGAGGAGGCACUUGUUAGAGAAUUUGGUGUUAAUAAUUCAGGGACAGUGAAGAGUUCUUCAAGAAGUGUUGAAAUUGGUAUAGACAACUCAGUUAAUAAAAAUACUGAAACUGAAAAACAAACUUCUAAAGAUACUGGUGUUCCUGCUGGGUUUAGCGAAAACAUGGUUAAUAGUGGUAUACAGAUGUCCCAAAGUAGGUGCCAAUGCGCCUCGAGAGGUGUUGAAACUAUAAAACAAGCUACCGAGGAUGUUGGUAUGUUUAGUGAGAAUAUGGUUAAUAUUGGUACACAUAUGUCCCAAAAUAGAGGCCAACGCACUUCAAGAAGUGUUGAAACUGUAAAACAUGCUUAUAAGGAUGCCGGUGCGCCUGCUAGAUCCACUGAAAAAAUGGUUAAUAAUGGUACACAGAUGAUCCAAAAUUCCACAAGGAGCGUUCAGAUAAAUAAAAACAGUUUGCAGAAGCUUAAAAGCGAGUCUAAGGAUUCUGGUACAUUUGGAAAGUCCGGUGAUAGUGAAGAAAAAUCAGGGAGUGAUGAUGAAACAUCUGCUAUGUAUUCACAAAUGGGUAGCACUACUGUAAGUAUCCCAACAUCUAUUCUCGAUCAUGGACCUUUAACACUACAAUCCACACAGAACAAUUGUGCUUGUUGUGGCAGAAAAUUGACUCAGGAUGAGAUCCAAGCUACUUUGUCCAAAAAUAACCAGUCUCUAUGUUGCUGUAAAGGAUAUAAUAACCAAGCUUACCAAACCCAUCCAAUGUGGAAUUGCUUUUAUCAUCACCAAGCCUAUAAUAACAAUAAUUACUAUAAUAACAACAGGGCAAUGUUUCAAAAGUCCAAAACAUAUUGCAAAAGAUGCAGAGAAAAGUUGCUUGAAACUGUGAAGAAACAGAGACAUGGAACUGCAUAUACGUUGAUUUUAGAGGAAAAAAAUGGUGGAAAUGAUGAAAAAACUGAUGGAAAUAAAGGAAGAUUUUCUGAGGAGGUCAGAGUUCAAGUUCCCAAAGUUGAAAAAUCAAAAAAAUCGAAAGACAGAAGAAACAGUCAUGAAAAGAAUAGAAACGGGAGUUUGAAGAAACAUAAUGGACUUCAAGAUGAUGAAAGUAAACGACAGUAUUCUUUAAAGGACUACUUAAUAGAAAACCGGCCAGAAUUCAUAUAUUCUGCAGAAUACAGACGACAGCUCAUGCUGAACUCCAGAAUACAGAGGGAGCAAAAAAAAGACGCCUUAAAAAUGAACUUUUUAGAGGACAAACAACAUAGAAAUAACAGUAAUGUGAAGCUGUACACUGAAAAAGAAAUGAAGGAAAUUACCAAAAGAAAUUACAGGAAAUUACCGGAAGUUAAACAGAAAAAUGUGGAUAAAUAUGGUAGACGUCUUCGUGAGGCUGAUAAAAUAAUAUGCGAUAGAUUUGCGAAGCACGUACAGAAGUCAGUUCUGAAAGGGAAGGCAAAUUUUCCAAUUGAUCAAAAUGUAGUAAACUUAUGACGUGUAUUCUAGUGUUUUAUUUUUUUUGUGUGUGUGAGUCCUAAAGAAAAUGUUAAGUACAAAUAAAUGUUGUCAUUUUUUAUAUAUUUUUUAUGUUUUAUAUUGUACAAAAU